AUUGCGCGCAAUGGCUGGCAAUAGCUGACAAUGGCUCACAAUUCAUAUUUUACAUUAUUACAUAAUCCGAACUUCAUAUCGCCUUACCUUCUUACCUAGAUCGGUCCCCAAACUUCGUCGUUCGAGCCCCGGGCGAAUACGACUCGCGAUUCUUCUCGAACCGAUAGUUCCGCGAGUUCAAACAAUUCUGUGGAUUUUCGGCGAACGUUCGAAAACGGUGGGCCAAGUUAUCCAGACCGUAUCGAAAUUUUCCGGUUAGCACGCGAACUACGAGCUGCAGCUUUCUCUUUCUGGCGCCAGGCUAUUUGCCCUGAGCUUUGGCCAGAGAGACGCCGAGCGAUAACAAUUCGGGAGCCGUGAAAAUACACUGAUAGCCGGAUAGAACCGCGUGUUAUGUUUGCAAUGUGAUCACAUAGCGUGGCUACGCCAGUGUGCGGCACAGCUUCCACAAGCAGGCAGCUUUUCGCCUGUCAUUCCAUCGUUUCUUCACUAUCCAGCUGAAAUGUCAUCCUAACAUCUGAUCCUCGAACUGAUGCCAACGCAUUCUUCGGUCCACUCCGUCCCCGUGUCUGCUCUGUGCCUCCGGUACCUCUCUGCUUCCGGUGCUUGCCCUUGGAGAAAUGACGAAGAAUUCGACGGAAGAACAGUCGCCGAUAAAGAACGAUAGCAAGAAGUGCUCGAUAGUGAAGUACGUACCAGUGUUGUCUUGGUUGCCGAAAUAUUCCCAGUUCGAUGCUGUCUCGGAUUUGGUGGCCGGGUUCUCCCUCGGACUGACCCUCAUCCCGCAGAGUAUAGCGUACGCUGCGUUGGCGGGUCUCACUGCACAGUAUGGCCUCUAUUCGUGUUUUACGGGCUCCUUCGUGUACAUCAUUUUCGGGACAAUUAAAGAAGUAUCGAUCGGACCAUCCUCCCUGAUGUCGAUAUUAACAUUGGAGUACACCAGGAACAUGCCGGUGGACUUUGUCGUGUUGUUUUGCUUCCUGGCUGGCUGUGUGGAAUUACUGAUGGGCUUGUUUCGUUUAGGUUUUCUAGUGGAUUUCAUAUCGAUACCAGUCACAUCGGGUUUUACGUCAGCAACGUCGAUUAUUAUAAUCGUGUCACAGUUACAAGGACUUCUAGGACUAAAGUUUAAAGCAAGCAGCGUCGCUGGCAAUAUGAUAAAAAUAUUCGAGAACUUCCGAAAAAUAAGGUUGCCUGAUUUUAUCCUGGGAAUUUCCAGCAUAGCCUUCCUCUUGUUCUUCAGAAAACUAAAAGACUUCGACUGUUGCCUCGCUAAAGAUGGCGUCCGAAAGAACGGGACUAACAGAGCUGCGCUUGUAAAGAAGACGUUAUGGUUCCUUUCGAUAUGUCGCAAUGCUUUGGUGAUCCUUUUAGCAUCUACUAUAGCAUUCUACUACGAGCACAAUGGAGGAUCACCCUUUAUUCUCUCAGGGAAAAUCGUGUCGGGUCUUCCCAAGCUGUCUCUGCCGCCAUUUUCGGCGCAGGUUGGCAAUCAGACUUACACUUUCGUCGACAUGUGCCAACAUUAUGGAACUGGGUUGAUCGUGCUUCCGCUUGUGUCGGUGUUGGCGAACGUGGCCAUCGCUAAAGCGUUUUCGUGCGGCAACACCAUAAGUGCGACACAAGAGAUGCUAACACUUGGUUUCUCGAACAUACUCGGCAGCUUCUUCUCGUCCAUGCCGGCUGCCGGGGCGUUUACAAGAAGCGCUGUAAUUAGUGCGAGCGGUGUACGAACGACUAUGGCUGGUCUAUAUGUCGGAAUCAUGUCGUUGUUAGCGCUGAGCUUCUUAACGCCGCAUUUUUAUUAUAUUCCGCGAGCCACGCUGUCGGCUGUGCUGAUAACAGCUGUCUGGUUCAUCAUUGAUGUGAAGAUAAUAAAGCUGCUAUGGAGAGGAAGCAAAAGGGAUGCCAUCGCUGCGGUAGUUACGUUCCUCGUCUCCGCUAUCUGCGGCGUUGAGAUUGGCCUGCUGAUCGGUGCCAUAUUUAAUAUAGUUUACCUGAUCCGACCGUCUGCCAGACCGGAAAUCGAGGUCAUCGAAUGCAAGUCGCAGACUGGAACUAGUUACGUGAUGCUCCAACCGGAUAGCGCUAUUCUGUAUCCCGCGGUGAGUUACUUUUGCAACAAAGUCAACGAAAUCAUUCACAGAUACGAGCAACAUAAUGUGCCCUUCAUUAUGAAUUGCGAGAAGGUUCGGUACCUCGAUUAUACGUCCGUCAAGGGUAUUGAGAUAUUAUCGAAGAACAUGAACGUCGAGAAAAGAAGACUAUGGUUUCUGAACGUACACCCGGAGACGUACGAAAUUAUUCAGAGUCUAGCGAACAUUAAACAUUUUCAUUUCAUCGACGAAGAGGAGAAGAUUUCUAGCAUAUUUAGCGAUGAUGCCUCAGCGAACAACGCGGACGAAGAAAGGGAGAAGCUGUUGCAAAACCCGUUAGCAAACCCAACUUUCGUGAACGUUAACGAUAAUAAACGGUGUCCGGAAACAAUCGAGAAGACUGAAGUAGAAAUGAAGUCUGAAUUUGCAGCGUCGCCAUCAUCGGAAACUUAAUAAAUAAAAUGGCAAACGUAUUAUAAAAUUUUAUUUUCACAAAACAACAGACGAUCGCAACAUCGACUGCUGAAGGAAUUGUUGAAUUAUAAAUAAAGCAAAAAUUUUAUUCAUUCUACUUUGAAA